AUUCUGUGGCCUAGCCCAUAUUAAAGAACAUUAUUCACAGAAACUUUUUACUGUGGUAAACUUCUAAAACUAGCAUGGCUUUGAAAAAAAUACAUAAACUAUUCAAGAAAUUGUUUUUUCACUGGAAAAUUUGGAAAUUUAGCAUUAUUAUUCUUGUCUUUCUGGUAUUUUUGCUUUUAUUACAAAGAGAAGUUGGCAUUGAGGAUUCUAAAGAUGAAGCAGGAAUUGAGCUGGUUGUAGGAAAGAAAAGUCACGUAUUAGGUCUCAUGUUAAAUGCAAUGAACAACAUCAAGGGUGCAAAACCCAAAAUGCAGAUAAAAGCACCUAUAAGGCAAACUAAGGUUCCUGGAGAAAGGCGCUGCUUGCCUGGAUACUAUACAGCAGUGGAACUAAAACCCUUUCUGGAUCGACCCCUUCAGGAUCCUAAUGCUCCCGGAGCUUCUGGUAAACCUUUUAAAAGCGUCAAUUUAAGUUCAGAAGAGCAGAAAGAAAAAGAACGUGGAGAAGAAAAACACUGUUUUAAUGCAUUUGCAAGUGACAGAAUUUCUCUGCACCGAGAUCUUGGACCAGACACUCGACCUCCAGAAUGUAUUGAACAAAAGUUUAAGCGUUGCCCACCAUUGCCAACCACAAGUAUUAUAAUAGUUUUUCAUAAUGAAGCGUGGUCCACUUUGCUCAGAACUGUUCACAGUGUGAUGUAUACAGCUCCUGCCAUACUGCUGAAGGAGAUUAUUUUGGUGGAUGAUGCUAGUGUUGAUGAAUACUUGCAUGAUAAACUAGAGAAAUACAUAAAGCAAUUUCAAAUAGUUAAAGUAGUCCGUCAGAAGGAAAGAAAAGGUCUAAUCACUGCACGGUUAUUGGGAGCUUCAGUAGCGACAGGAGAGACUCUGACCUUUCUGGAUGCUCACUGUGAAUGCUUUUAUGGAUGGUUAGAGCCAUUAUUGGCAAGAAUAGCUGAGAAUCCUGUUGCUGUUGUAAGCCCUGAUAUUGCUUCUAUAGAUCUCAAUACAUUUGAAUUUAGUAAACCAUCUCCUUAUGGAUAUAGCCAUAACAGAGGAAAUUUUGAUUGGAGUUUGUCGUUUGGAUGGGAGUCUCUUCCUAAACAUGAAAAUAAGAAAAGAAAAGAUGAAACUUACCCAAUUAGAACACCUACUUUUGCUGGAGGUCUCUUUUCAAUAUCAAAAGACUAUUUUGAACAGAUUGGAAGCUAUGAUGAAGAAAUGGAAAUAUGGGGAGGCGAAAAUAUUGAAAUGUCUUUCAGAGUAUGGCAAUGUGGUGGACAGUUGGAGAUCAUGCCUUGCUCUGUUGUUGGCCAUGUCUUUCGCAGCAAGAGUCCCCAUACUUUCCCCAAAGGUACUCAAGUGAUCACACGUAACCAAGUCCGCCUUGCAGAAGUCUGGAUGGAUGAAUAUAAAGAAAUAUUUUACCGAAGAAAUACAGAGGCAGCAAAAAUUGUGAAACAAAAGACAUUUGGAGACAUCUCAAAAAGACUUAAUUUAAGGCAACGUCUGCGCUGUAAAAAUUUUACAUGGUAUCUAAAUAAUGUUUAUCCAGAAGCAUAUGUGCCAGACCUGAAUCCUUUGCUUUUUGGAUUUUUAAAAAAUAUAGGUAGUCAUACCUGUCUGGAUGUUGGUGAAAACAACCAUGGUGGUAAACCCCUGAUUAUGUAUUCUUGUCAUGGGCUUGGAGGAAAUCAGUAUUUUGAAUAUUCUGCACAACAAGAGAUUCGCCAUAACAUUCAGAAGGAGCUGUGUCUGCAUGCUUCCAAAGGCCCAGUGCAGCUUCAUGAAUGUAGCUACAAAGGCCGGAAAACCUUUGCUCUCAGAGAAGAGCAAUGGGAGCAUCGAAAGGAUCAGUCAUUGUACAGUUCAGCACUACACAUGUGCCUUACAGGAAAUGGAGAGCAUCCGAGUCUGACGUCAUGUAACCCAUCAGACCCCUUCCAGAAGUGGAUCUUUGGCCGAAACAAUUAAGAUUUGCUAUUCAUAGACUAGGAGGCACAUUUAAAAAAAAACAGACACAUUCUAAGCUGUGACCAUAUAUGUAUACUGCAUUUUUAAGUGAUACAAAGUUUAAAAUGUGUAAACGGUUUCUUUUUCCCCCUUAUUUGGAGUUAGAUAUAAAACAUGUCAUCAAAUCCCUUAGGAGACUGUUAUACCAAAGAAUGUUUUGUGGCCUCAAAGUUAAGAAAAAUGUUUACAGCCUUUCUGUAAUUCUGUUAACCCCUGGUUUGUGGGUGUCGUACUCCUCUCUUCUUUUGAGGACCAAAUAUACAUUGUUUUUCCAUGUUUGG